GAUUGAGAAAGUGGAUUAACCGUUUUUUUUUUAUACAGAAAAUGGAUCCGAUGGAUUUGGACAAGUCUUCUUCUCUUUCUCCUCCAAAGACAAGUGUUUCAUUCUGGACAGUUCCUAUGCAGUCGAAACAACAACAACAGUUGGAAAAGAGUCAACCAAACAACCCAUACUCGAAAGAAGAAACUCAAACUUUGGAUGCCAUACUUCAUUCCAAAGCACUUGCGAAAAGGUUACAAAAUCUUCGUGUAGGCUCAGGAUACCAUCGAAAGAAUUUAUACCAAAAGAGACUGAAACGAACUCUUCCUUGGACUUGGUUAUCUGACUUGAAGGGUCCUCCUUUAUCUCGUCCAGAAACAAACCCUCAAGGAUUGGAAAAUUCUAGCAACCAAGAAAGACAGACUUUGGAUAUUCCAUCAAAGCAUUUGGAUUCUAGUUUUAUUGAAAAGAGACAAGAGGAAAGUCAUCGACUGCAGAAACAUUUAUAUAUGCCCUAUGUUAUUGCUGGAUACUUGCAGUUGAUAUUCAAUAUGGUUAUCGUUGCUAUCGUACUCUUAUCACUUUUGUCUAUUGCUUGGAGUAUUCGAAACGAUAUCGUUGGAAAAGUUAUGGAACAAACAAUUGAAGCUCAAGCCAUCGUUAGACGUUGUUAUAAUGACUAUGUCGACAACAAGUGCAAUGAAACUCAAUCUAUUCCUCUCCUUCGCCAACAGUGUCAUACUUGGUACGUUUGUAUGACUAGAGACCCCAAAUCGAUCGGUUCAAAAACCAAAUUAUAUGCAGAGACACUAUCAGAAGUUCUCAACUCUUUUGUGGAGCCCAUUUCAUAUCGAACUCUAUCCUUUAUUUUGGUUUUGCUUUUAGGGUUUACAUUGGUUAGUAACUUAGCUUUUCACUUUGCCAAAAAGAAAUCUCCACAUCCAUUUGAAUAUAAGCAAGUUGAUCAGAAAUAUUUUAGCCAUCCAAAGCAAGUUUCGAAAUAUUCACAACAACAACAACAACAAGAAGAAGAAGAAAGAGACGAUGCUCAUUGGGCUGCUAUUCAUUGGAAAAAUGAGUAAUGGAGACUAUUCUAAUACGCUAGUGCAACCGAACCAAAGUUUUACGUUGAAUGGUUUUCAAUGUA